GAAUUGAGAGACAUCAAAGAGAGACCUAUCGAUGGCAUCUUUGUCGAACCGGAGAACGAUAAUUUGUUCGUGUGGAAUUGUGCCGUGAAAGGGGCUUCCGAUACUCCAUACAAGGGUGGAACCUUCCGUUUCAAACUCGAUCUGCCGUCCAACUUCCCGUUCAAAGCACCUACCGUUGUAUUUCAAACCAAGAUCUAUCACCCGGGGAUCAACGAGGAAGGUCAUAUCUGUGUACCCAUCCUCCGCGACGAAUGGAAACCUUCCGUCACGUUGUCAACUGUGCUGGCAGUUAUCCAGGAGAAGGUGAACAACCCGAGUGCAGAUGACCCAUUUGAGCCAGAUAUCGCGGCAUUGCUGAAAAACGACAAGGCCAAGUUCUUAGCCACAGCGAGGGAACACACGAAGAAGUGA